CUACAUACGACUGCUCGCUUAAAGGCAGCACGAGAACACGUGUUGGAGCCUUCUGGAAACCAACUCUCCUUUCCUGAGCUGCCCUACCCCGAGCAGCGCCCUUACUCUGCCGGCGAGAGUUUUUAUUUUAUAUCGGCUGGUUGUUCUGCUUCGUAAUGUCUGCCGUAAAAGCGCUGAAUCCUAAAGCAGAGGUGGCUAGAGCCCAGGCCGCCCUGGCCGUGAACAUAAGUGCCGCCCGGGGGCUUCAGGAUGUGCUUAAAAGUAACCUGGGACCGAAAGGGACCAUGAAAAUGCUGGUGUCAGGUGCAGGAGACAUAAAGUUGACCAAAGAUGGCAACGUUUUGCUACAUGAGAUGCAAAUUCAACACCCAACGGCAUCCCUGAUUGCUAAGGUUGCCACGGCACAGGAUGACAUCACCGGAGAUGGAACCACCUCCAACGUCCUCAUCAUCGGUGAACUGCUGAAGCAGGCUGACCUUUACGUGUCAGAGGGACUUCAUCCCAGAAUCAUUGCCGAGGGCUUUGAGGCGGCAAAAGAAAAGGCCCUGGCUGUUCUGGAGGAGCUGAAGGUGACUCGGGAAAUGGACAGAGAGACUCUCAUCAACGUUGCACGGACUUCUUUGAGGACCAAAGUCCACGCGGAGCUGGCAGACCUGCUCACUGAGGCUGUGGUAGACGCGGUGCUCACCAUCGCCAAACCCAACGAGCCCAUCGACCUGUACAUGGUGGAAAUCAUGGAGAUGAAGCAUAAGAUCGACUGCGACACGCAGCUGAUCCGGGGCUUGGUGUUGGACCACGGCGCCCGACACCCCGACAUGAAGAAGAGGGUGGAGGAUGCCUACGUGCUGACCUGCAACGUCUCUCUGGAGUACGAGAAGACGGAGGUCAACUCCGGCUUCUUCUACAAGAGUGCCGGCGAGAGGGAGAAGCUGGUGGCCGCAGAGAGGAAGUUUAUUGAGGAUCGCGUUCAGAAGAUCGUCGCCCUGAAAAAGACAGUCUGUCCCAGCAAUGAAAAGGGCUUUGUCGUCAUUAACCAGAAGGGCAUCGACCCCUUCUCUCUGGAUGCCCUCGCCAAGGAAGGCAUCGUCGCUCUGCGCAGAGCAAAGAGGAGGAACAUGGAGCGGCUGACCCUGGCCUGUGGUGGCAUUGCCAUGAAUUCGGUGGAUGACCUCACACCCGAGUGCCUGGGCCACGCCGGACUGGUCUACGAACACACACUGGGUGAGGAGAAGUACACGUUCAUCGAGAAGUGUGGAAACCCUCGCUCAGUCACCCUGCUGGUGAAGGGCCCCAACAAACACACUCUCACACAGAUCAAAGAUGCUGUGAGGGAUGGUCUGCGGGCAGUAAAGAAUGCUAUUGAAGAUGGCUGCAUUGUGUCUGGCGGCGGUGCGAUUGAGGUCGCAAUAGCCGACGCCCUGGUAAAACACAAGCCCAAUGUGAAAGGCAGAGCUCAGCUGGGAGUUCAGGCCUUUGCAGAUGCUCUCCUAGUGAUCCCCAAGGUGUUGGCCCAGAACUCUGGCUACGACCCCCAGGAGACCCUGCUAAAGCUGCAGACGGAAUACAAAGAGUCCGGCCAGCUCGUUGGGGUGGAGCUAAGCACAGGGGAACCAAUGGUGGCAGGGGAUGCAGGAGUAUGGGACAAUUACAGUGUUAAGAAGCAGCUUCUCCAUUCAUGCACUGUUAUCGCCAGUAACAUCUUGUUGGUGGAUGAGAUCAUGCGAGCUGGAAUGUCCUCUUUGAAAGGUUAAAGGUCAAAUAAAAGAAGCAGUCAUUGUUAUGGUAUCCCCGGGGAUAGUUGUUUACCUGACAGUAAAGCCAACGUGUUCCUGCUCUUGGCACCUGAAGCACCCCAGUCGAUUGACAGCUCGUCCACCGAAAAGCAUCCACCACAGCGUCUGUCACACAUCAUUGUUCUGCUAGUCAAGUCUUUUUUUUUUCUUUCAUGGAUUUGUCAUUGCACCCCCCUGGAAUGAUUGGUUUAUUUAUGAGAUUUUGUUUAAAGCACUGACCUUGGCCUCGCAGUUUUGUUUCUACCCAUUAAAGGUUUUGGCUCCCCAAGAUGUGUGGCUGUUUUUCUGUGAAGACUUUCUCAUUUUCUACCUUCAGUUUUCAAUAAUAGGGAAGGUUAGAAUAGAGGGUUAAAAGUACAGAAUGUAUAAAUUACUCCAGCAAAAGUGUAGUUAUUGAAAUUAACUACAACUUAAGUUUUGCCUUCCCCACUAUGGGGUCACCACACAGCUCAUUAUUUGUCUCUGGUCAAUCUCUGUAGGAGUGGUUUAUAAAGAGCAGGCUGGAGCUUUGACAGCGUGUCAACACCAAAUAUUAGCAUCCAUCUCUUUCUGGUACAGUGGAAGUGUGAACUAUGUUAACAUGUAUCUGAAAUACUUAAUCUUCAUGGAGCUUGAUCUUGUUUCUUACUCCUUGACUCAUUGACAUUAUCCAGUAAACAUUAACGGUUGUACUUAAUACUCUGAAAAAUAUUAAUGUUCUCUCAUUCUUCAAAGGUUAUGAAAUUCUGCUUAUCAGAAGUUCAAUGGAAUAUUCUAUAAAGUUAUAACUACAUAUUGUGACGGUAUAUUUUAUGAGUUUGUGCAAGUGUUCAAUGAACAAAGACUGAACAUUUUCAAAUGUAUGGUGAAAUAACUUCAUUUCAUAAAAGUGUAAGGAUGCCUUUGUUAUUGCUAAUAAUAAAGUACGAUGGAUUUUUUUUUCAUUGUUCCAACAGAACAUAUUUGUCGGUAUCAGCUUCAUAACGUAUGGUUCAUGCAGACAGAGAUGGCCUGUAUCAUACUGUAUGGCUGUUCUUACACAAAGCGGAACCUCUAAUGCGGAACC